UUGGCCUGGUUACAUAAUCCUUAGGGUAUUACACACCCGUCAAUUUUUUGUUGGUACGAAAUAACCUGUCAAAAACACGUGUGUUGUUGUGAAUGUGGGGUUAAAAUAUUUUUUUUAUUAAAAUAAACUGAAGCAAUGGAAGAUAAACGCUUCGCGCACAUAAAAACCGACCCCAAAUUCCGGCGGAUCCCCAAAGGGGCCCGCAAGGUUAAAAUCGACAAGCGGUUCCAGUCCAUGUUCAAAGACAAGAAGUUCAAAGUGAAAUACACGGUGGACAAGCGUGGGAGACCCGUAAAUCACACAUCGACUGAAGAUCUGAAGCGUUAUUACGAACUGAGUUCGAGUGAGAGUUCCUCAGAUGAAGAACCAGAAGAGCCCGGCAAGUACGUCAAAGCGCCCCAAAACGACCUAAAUGUGAAAGAUAAAAGCGAUAAGGAGCUUCCCAGCGACGUGAAGAAGAAACUUCGUGACUUGAAUGUCGACUACGCCCGAGGGGAGGGAAAUUUAUUGAGUGAGAGUUCUUCAGAUGACGAGGAAACGGAUGAGGAAGUGUCUGAAGGGGAGCAGAUUGAGCACAAAUGGGGAGAGUUGGAUAAUGACGCCGAUAGGACAGAUGAAGCCACGUAUCGUUUGGCGGCUUGUAACCUGGACUGGGAUAGGAUAAGGGCGGUAGAUUUGAUGGUCCUGUUCAAUUCGUUUUUGCCCCCCGGUGGGGCUGUUAAGUCAGUUGUGAUUUAUCCCUCGGAGUUUGGCAAAGAACGAAUGAAGGAAGAGGAGGUGAAAGGGCCAAUUGAAUUGGUGGAACACAAGGAAAUUGAGGAAGAAGACACGGAAGAAGGCUCAAAAUAUCACAUGGAAAAAUUGAGGCAGUACCAACUCAACCGACUGAAGUAUUAUUACGCUGUUGUGACCUUUGACGGGGCUAACACUGCAAAUAAAGUGUACACAGAGUGUGACGGGAUGGAGUAUGAAUCAAGCGCGACAAAGCUUGAUUUACGCUUUAUACCAGAUGAUAUGACUUUUGAUGACGAACCUAAAGAACAAUGCGACAAACUACCCGAACUGAAUAAAUACCAGCCGAGAUUUUUCACAACCACAGCCUUGCAACAAGCCAAGGUUGAUCUAACUUGGGACGAAACCGAUCCAGAUAGAAUCGAAAUGACCCAAAAGCUCAACACUGGCAAAAUUGAAGAAAUACCAGAACAUGAGCUUCAGAAUUUCGUCGCAGUGAGUGAUGAGGAGAGCGAAGAUGAGGAGAAAAACGCCACUUCAGACGAUGACGAAAGCACUAAUAACCCAAUCGAUAAAUACAAACAACUCCUGCAAGAAAUCGAAGAGAAAGAACAGGAGAAGAAAAACAGAGAAGUGGAAAUGGAAGUGAGCUGGGGCAUCGAUUUGAAGGACAAAACCGAAAAGUUGGUAAAGAAGAAGAUUGAAAAUGAGGAAGAAAAGACACCAUUCCAGAAAUAUCUCGAUAAACGGAAAGAAAAACGCAAAGAGAAGAAAAAGAAGAAGCGGGAAAAUGAAGAUUCGGAUGAUGUACCGUCUGAUAUUGAUAUGAACGAUCCGUAUUUCGCCGAGGAGUUUAACAAUCCCGAAUUUAAGAAAAAGAAAGUUAAGGAGAAGAAAUCUCAGUCGGAAGAAGAAAAUAAUCCUGAAUUGGAGUUACUUUUGGCUGAUGAAGAUGACGAUAAUAAGAAGCACUUCAGUUUGAAGAAAAUUCAGAAGCAAGAAGAAGCGACUAGUAAGAAAAAACGCAAACUCAAAGAAACAGACGAGAAGGACGAUUUUCAAGUCGAUGUUAAUGAUGAUCGGUUCUCUGCCCUCUUUACGAGUCAUUUGUAUAAUAUUGAUCCCACGGACCCCCAUUAUAAGAAGACGAAAGGUAUGGAGAGACUAAUAAAUGAGAAAAUCAAAAGGCGGAAAGACGAUAGCGAACGUGAAAUGACGGAGAAGCCGAUGAAAAAAGAUGCCGAGUUGAGUGUUUUGGUAAAGUCAGUGAAACGGAAAGCUGAAGCGUUGAGUAAUAAGAAAAAGUGACUUGUAAGCAAAUGUCUUUUUUAUGUAAAUAAACGGUCCUUAUAAA